AUGUAUUCUGGCGUGCUUGGCCAUUUCUUCCCCGAUGUUCUCGGCAAAGACUGGUUUUACUUCCGCAUUAAUAGGCACGCUUCAGUGGAGCUCGUCCCCGCGGGGCCGGGCAUCUACGAGCUGAUCGCAAUUCAAACCGCUACUCAUUUUCUGCCGAUCAUUAACACCAAGAUCAACAGCCACGAUGGGUUUGCCACAAAUGACCUUCUGGAGAAGCAUCCAGAAAAAGAAGGGUUUUGGAGGAUUUAUGGCCGUGCAGACGACCAGAUCACGCUUGCAAACGGGUAUAAGACCAAUCCAGGACCAAUAGAAGCGGCUCUGUGCGAAGACUCAAAGGUGAAGGCAGCUUUGCUCUUCGGACGUGCACAGACGCAUGUUGGAGCACUGGUCUUCCCAACCGAACAUGUCGACCCGGCCGACGCUGAAGGCGUAUUACGGUUUAGAGAUCAUGUUUGGCCAACUGUCGAGCGGGUUAACGCUACCGUGCCAAAGCAUUCCCAGAUAUUCAAGCAGAUGAUCCUUGUCGCGUCUCCGUCAAAGCCUCUGCUGUAUACAGAGAAGCAUACGGUCCGCAAGGGAGCGACGUUGCAGCAAUACGACGAAGAAAUCAAAACAAUGUACAUCCUAGAUGAUGCGGAUGGUCCCGAGCACCUAAUUGCGCCUGAGAGCUGGACACUCACGGACGCAAAGAAUUUUGUGCGGGCGACUGUACGCCAGUACGCACCAACGGUGACAUCUGAUAGCCAGGACCUCUUUGAGCACGGAUGCACCAGCCUUCACGCGCUUUGGAUCGGCAACACCAUCAUCCAGGCCCUGCAGCUCUCCCGCGAACACCGUUCGCGCAACUUCGUGUAUCGCCACCCUACCGUGGACUCUCUCUCCGACUUCGUGUUCGGCCUCGCCCAAGGGCGCACCAGUCCGAACUCGGAAGAGGCACAGCUGCAGGCGUCCCGGGCAGCGCGCAUGUUCGCGCUCGUCGAGCAGCUCUCUUCCAACCUGCCGCCGGUCUCUCAGGGCGCGCCCGUCGUCGAUGAUCGCGGCAAGGCUGUGGUCAUCGUCACAGGCACGACAGGCGCCCUGGGCGCGAACGUGCUCGCGAAACUCCUUGGAGCGGAGGACGUAGCGCAAGUGUACAGCCUGGACCGCACGGCCCCGGACGGUGUGCCGCUGGCACGGCGGCUGGAGGAGAGUCUGGAGAAGCGCUGCCUCGAUCCCCGCCUGCUUUUGUCGCCAAAGUUGACGUCUCUUGAAGCUGAUUUUACUGUUCCUGGCCUCGGGCUUCCGGAUGAUACUCAGCAGGAGCUGCGAACUAGCGUCACCCAUGUCUUGCAUCUCGGCUGGCCUGUGAACUUCAAUCUGGCGCUCGAAUCGUUCGGAGAUGCGCUGGAAGGAUUAAGGGAGCUCGUUAACUUUGCAUUAGCGUCUGCGACGCGACCGCGCUUGGUCUUUGCGAGCUCGGCAGGCAUUUUCCAAGGUCCGGGAAGUGUAGGACCAGUGCUAGAACAGCCUAUCCACGAUCCCAGCGCCAUCGCCGAACUGGGCUACACCGAGUCAAAGUGGGUCGCGGAGCAAGUGCUGGCCAGGGCAGCGAAAACCCGCGGGCUACAGACGCAGGUUGUGCGCCUAGGCCAACUGACCGGCGGCGCAGGCGGCUGCUGGGACACCAAGGAAUGGGUGCCGGCGUUGGUGCGGACCAGCAUCUUUCUAAAAUGCCUACCGAGACUCAGCGGGGAUGCCCAAUGGCUCCCUUUGGACUGUGCCGCCGCUGCAAUCAUUGAAGCGCGAGAUGCACCGCACGACAUCUUGCACCUCGUCCACCCAGAUCCCGUGCCGCUUAGCUCCAUGAUGGAGAUGAUCUCCGAGGAGCUGAGCCUGCAGCUCUGUUCGUACGACGAGUGGCUGGGAAUGCUGGAGAAGCAUGCUGCGGCGGAUGCUAUAGACGAGGCGGCCGCGCAGGAGUUGCCAGCGCUGAAGGCCCUGGACUUUUUCAGGGGCCUGCGGUCUGCUGGAACGGCCGAUGCUGAUGUGCGUUGUGGCAACGCUGCACAGGCAUCUGGUUCCUUGGGGCGAGCCCGACGCCUCGGAGCGGAAGAUGUUAAAGCUUGGGUCGAGUAUUGGAAGGCUGUAGGCUUCUUUUAACCUGAGAUGGCCACUGGAGCAUGAUUGGCUCUUGAAACUUGACGACGCUGUGAUAUCACAAGAAAUUCGCGAGAUCUGUCGGCAGCAACGGCGAGCGGUUCGUAAACUAUGAUUACUGCAGGCGAGCGCCACCACGCUAUUGCUGGCCGGAGGCUGUGAUCAAAUAGACGACGAAAG